CUCCCUAAUUUCAGUCCCUGCCUUUGAUAAGGAGACCUGACUUGCAACAGUGAACUACAUUUAUGUUCCAGAAGAACAAGUCUUUUAUCUUUGGAAAAAGAAAAUUUGAAACUUAAUCGAGUGCUGAGGAAGGUUUUUUCAGUACACUUUAUCAACAUGCAUUUUUUCUUGUAGCAUUCAAUUUAGCAGUCUUCACUUGAGGGAGUUUCAGGAGGCUGUGCUUGUCUUCCAAAUGCUGAAGAGGAUGAUACUUGCCUGCUGUCCUGCUGUGAAGGAUCUUGAUGGCCACGCUGCUUCUGCUUGGAGUGAGGACCCGUGGUAGUGGGAUUCUGGAUCACUAGAGGCAGUAGGUGAAUUAACUCCUUAAAGGUGCUAAGCAACCCAACACCAUCCAGGGUCCAUAGAGCACAGAGAGAGGCCUGCUAGAGUUCGACCAUACCAGGGAAAUAUAAUGGCUGUGCUUCGGUUGGCUUGCUCGGUGGCGUUGUUCUUUUCCUGCCUCCUGGCUGAAAACUGCCAGGAAAAAGAGGACAGUAUCAUGUAUAUUGCCACGGAGAAUGAAGUUGAUGCUGUUCGAUGUAGCAAAGACAAGACAAGUGUUAAAAGUGACGUGAUUUGGUAUAGACAUGAGAGUGAAACCCCUGUGUCUAAGGAGAACAGUUCCCGGAUUCAUCAAGACAAAAAUGUUCUUUGGUUUAUACCUACAAAGCUAGAAGAUUCUGGAUAUUACUACUGUGUCACGAGAAAUUUGACCCACUGCUUGAGAGUGAAAAUGAACAUAACUGUUUUGAAGAAUGAGCCCGGUUUAUGUUACCAAAAUGAAAGCUUAUACAAGCAACAGAUAUUCCGGACUGUAGGGGGUGUGAUUGUGUGCCCCCGAAUGAACUUUUUAAGAGAUGAAAACAAUCAGUUACCUAGAGUUCAGUGGUAUAAGAAUUGCAAGCCUGGACCUCUUGACCAUAAAAAGUUUACCGCUCUGGAAAGGGAAGGACGACUUUUACUGAAAAACCUAGUGCUUCAGGAUGGCGGGUACUACACAUGUCAUACGUCAUUUGCCCACAUGGGUGCGCAGUACACCAUUUCUCGGACUAUAUAUCUAACCAUUUUAGAGCGUAAGCCGAUGGACAUACCAAAGAUCCUUUAUCCAGUCAAUUCGAGCGUGGAAGUGGAACUGGGGUCCCAGUUUGUUGUGGAUUGCAACGUGAGUGGUAUGUCGAUUGACCUAGUAUAUUGGACUUGGAAUAGAAAGGCGAUUAAUGACCCUAAAGUUUUCAUGGAAUAUUUGGAAAGUGAAGAGCAUUCUGAAACAAGACCUGUUACAGUCAUCUCAAGAAUCAACAUUUCAGAAGUGGGAAGCAGGCAUUAUCUCCACCCAUUUGUCUGUUUAGCCUCUAGUACCUAUGGAUACACUGAAGCAUACAUUGCCUUAAAACCACCAACUCCUGAUUUCCGGGCUUGUCUGAUUGGAGGACUCAUCACGUUGGCUUUUGUGGUCGUUUGCUCAGUGUUCAUCUACAAGAUUUUCAAGGUUGACAUUGUGUUAUGGUAUCGGAAUUUCUGCUAUCCUCUUUCAGAGAAGAAAGUUUCAGAUGGGAAGACAUACGAUGCAUAUAUCUUGUAUCCUAAAGACUAUGGAGAGGAGUCCACCUACAGCACAGAUAUAUUUGUGCUUAAGAUCCUGCCUGAUGUCCUGGAGAGGCAAUGCGGAUACAAUCUGUUUAUAUAUGGAAGGGAUGACUUGGUAGGGGAAGAUGUGGUCGUGGUCAUUGACAGAAAUAUUAAGAAAAGCAGAAGAUUAAUCAUCAUUUUAGACCGGGAAUCUCCACAAUACAGGUGUCUGGGGAACACCAGUGAGCAGCAGCUAGCCAUGUACAAUGCCCUUGUUCAAGACGGGAUUAAAGUCAUCCUGCUGGAACUGGGGAAAAUUCAGGACUAUACAAACAUGCCAGAGUCAAUCCAGUUCAUUAAACAGAAGCAUGGCGUCCUCCGGUGGUCAGGGGAUUUGACCGAGGAGUCACAGUCGGCUAAUGCCAGGUUCUGGAAAAACGUGCGCUACCACAUGCCCGCUAAACCUCGGCAGGCUUCCCCUGAAGUGCAAUUACUGUCAGCGGUUGCCCUCCCUGGGGACCAUCACAGGCAGGAACGGCAAACAGAAAUAUAUGUGCCAUCGUGAGCACUGUAGGGCGCUCACCGGGACAGGUUAUGUAGAUGGUCAGUUGCCUAGGCAACCUCCCUCCCCAGCACUCUUCUUGUCUUGGAAGGGGAGCUGCUUGCCUUAGAGGCAUUCAAGGUGAGACUCCAUCCACAGUCUGCUCCGGGCACCAAGAGGUGAAUGACACCCACCUGUGAUCGAGGCCGAGAAGGGGCUCAGAGAGCACCUGUGGACUGACCGAUACCCAGGGUAGCCUUUCCAAGGCCUAACUGCUUCCCUUCAAUGAAGACAUGAGACCUUCCGGCCCACAGCUUGGAGGGAGGUGAUGCGGUCCCGGAGGCCUCUGGCCGGCUGCGUGCCCUUUCACCAAAGACAGUUCCAGAGUGGCCAUAAAUUUCCAUUCUCAUCCUUCAUUUUGGUUUCCACAGCUCAAGUUUUGUCCAGGUUCCCAAGAUUUUCAAAACGAUCUUGGACAGCAACUUUGGACCUCCUGCUCCUCUAGUGGGACAUAUAACUUUAAAAAAGGAAAAAAGGAAUUGAAGUAUUUUUUCUCUCAUCCCUCCAAAAUUUGUGGUUUUUAUUUUUCUACUUUUGAUUUCACCAUUUUGAUUUCAACUAAAUGCUGACAAGCAAGGGAAAACAUCUCUUACCCUUUUCUGUGCCUUAGCUCCUCACUUUUGAAUCUAACUUAAGGGGGAAUGAAAUUGUGCUUCAAAAGAAGACAGUGCCUUCUGAAACUAUUUGAUAUUAUUUCAUAAGAUAUUUCUGCAUUAUAUACAUAUAUGGAAAUGACUAAAUCUCAGUUUUAUCAGUAUAUUCAUUCAUUCAUCUCUCAAUCAUUUCACAAUCACCACUUUCUCACUUGAAAAGAUGCAGCAAUCAUAGCUUUACUGCUACUCCAUUGCUCUGAAAUCAAGAUGAAGAAUUUGGGACUGUUUUAAGCAACAACUGCACAAUCUUUAAAUUUGAAUGAAUGCAAGUUACACUUAAUCUCAGGGAACUCAGUGUUCACCUCGACAGGGAAAAAUAAAUGCAAUUGGAUGAUUAUGAUAAGAUCUAAGAGGAAGAAUUAAGUUUCAGCAACUGCAGUGUUCUUCUGGGAGUUGUGUCUAAACUUGUUUUAAUAGCAACUGUGUUCUAGGUCUCUGGUUCUGCAAUUUGAGGGACGAUAUCAUUUCUGAGCCAUUGUUCUGUCGUACUUUUGGAGAAAAUGUAUUUGUACUGUGGGAUAAUGAUAAAAAAAAUUUGAUAACUUGA